ACACACGCCCCCCUCCGGGUCCACGCCCUCUGCACACAGCUCGCUCAUCCCUGUCCUGUGCAGUGUUAGUGCUGCCCACAGUGUUACCAGCCAUCCCUGCAAGAGGAGGCAAAACCGAGGACUCCUGCCAGAUCUGGAGCUCAUCUGAAAUGUAUUAAACCCUGGAGAAAAAGGAUCCUCUGUACUCUAUCUGUGUUGAUGCUCCACAGAGGGCUCCUAUUUGCUGCCAGAGGUACACCCAUACAUGUAGCAGCGGCUCCUCCAACAGAAGCUUUUGUGUCCUUCAGUCAAAAUAUUUUCCAGACUCCAGAGGGCAAGAGGGGAAGAUCAAGGUGCUUAAGAAGACUCCAUAAUAACUUGGAGCUAAAGGUUGUAAGCUUAGAGAGUACUUUCAAGGAGACACUCCUGGCUUCAAACAAAGACUCGGCCCCUAUCAUUCCCUCCGGUGUGUGCAGAAGAGGUUUCAAGGACGAGUGAGCAGCCUUCGUAUAAAUACAGGAAACACCUGAAGUUUUUCCCUGAUUCUGAGACAGGAAAUACAGCUUAAAAAAAACAGAAACAACUGACAGUAAUUCUGUAAGAAGUCUGCUAUUAUCUCAUUAGUCAAUCAUAAUGUCACGCUGGGGGAGAAAAAAUGUGAAGAAGGCGCCUGAGGUGGUCCGUACUGUGACAGAAGGGCUGAAGUCCCUGUACAAUAAGAAGCUGCUGCCUCUGGAGCAAUAUUAUGGUUUCCAUGACUUCCACUCUCCCAGUCUGGAGGAUGCAGAUUUUGACAACAAACCCAUGGUGCUGGUCGUGGGACAGUACUCCACUGGAAAGACCACAUUCAUCAAGUAUCUACUGGAGCAGGAUAUUCCUGGGAGCAGGGUGGGUCCUGAACCCACCACUGACUGCUUCACUGCCAUCAUGCAUGGGGAGGUGGAGGGAGUCAUCCCAGGAAAUGCCCUCAUUGUAGACCCCAAUAAGCCCUUCCGCAAACUCAACCCAUUUGGAAACACCUUCCUCAACAGAUUCCAGUGUGCCCAGAUGCCCAAUCAGGUUCUGGAGAGUAUUAGCAUUAUUGACACACCGGGUAUCCUAUCCGGGGCCAAGCAGAGAGUGAGCCGAGGUGAGCGUGGUAACAAAGGUUACGACUUCCCAGCUGUGCUGCGCUGGUUUGCAGAACGUGUGGACCGCAUCAUCCUUCUGUUUGAUGCUCAUAAACUGGAGAUAUCAGAUGAGUUCUCUGAGGCCAUCGGUGCCCUGAAAGGCAAUGAGGACAAGCUGCGAGUGGUGCUCAACAAGGCCGACAUGGUGGGCACACAGCAGCUGAUGAGAGUGUACGGGGCACUGAUGUGGUCCUUGGGGAAGGUGUUUGGCACCCCGGAGGUUCUGCGUGUCUACAUUGGCUCCUUCUGGUCAGAGCCACUGAUGGUUAACGAUAACCGCAAGUUGUUUGAGCUGGAGGAGGAAGAUCUGUUUGCUGACAUACAAAACCUUCCUCGCAACGCAGCUUUACGCAAGCUCAACGACCUGGUCAAGAGGGCACGCCUGGUCAGGGUUCAUGCCCACAUUAUAAGCUACCUAAAACAGGAAAUGCCCUCUGUCUUCAGGAAAGACAAUAAAAAGAAGAAUCUGAUCUAUCAACUGCCAGUUAUUUUCUCCAAGAUCCAGCUGCAGCACAACAUUUCUCCUGGAGACUUUCCAGACUGUGCUAAAAUGCAGGAACAACUGAUGGCUCACGAUUUCACCAAGUUCAAAACUUUGAAGCCAAAUCUGAUGGCAGCCUUGGAUGAACUGCUCUCCUCUGACAUCGCCAAACUGAUGCCCCUCCUGCGGCAAGAGGAGCUGGAAGCAGGCGAUCAACCAGGUGUGCAGGGUGGUGCUUUCAUGGGGACCCGAGCUGGACCCUUCAUAGAGGGCGAUCCCUUUGCUGAGGAGAACGGAGAGGGGUGUCAGGAGGAGGAGGACUGGGUGGUGAAUAAAGACAAACCAAAAUAUGACGAAAUCUUCUACAAUCUUGCCCCCAAUGAGGGGAAGCUGAGCGGCAACAAAGCUAAGGACUGGAUGGUGAGCUCACGUCUGCCCAACUCUGUGCUGGGUCGCAUCUGGAAGCUGUCAGAUGUUGAUCGCGAUGGCAUGCUGGAUGAUGAAGAGUUUGCCCUAGCCAGUCAUCUCAUUGAGGUCAAGCUGGAGGGUCACGGCUUGCCACCAGAGCUCCCAACACGUCUGAUCCCACCCUCUAAACGCAGGCAGAAGGGUUCUGAUGCAUAGACAUGCCAAAAAGUCCGCUAGCUGACACACUUAUGCUACUGUUUGUAUUUGCUCUUAUCCCCUCGCUCCCCCAACCCACAUGAAAAUAUUGUAUGUACAGCUUUUUCUCUGAGACUGAUUGUACCCUUGCACGAUUAUACUGUGUUUUAGUGUGGUGAAACUAUAACAAGGGCUUCCUGCAUUAUGAAGUCACAGAGCUUCUCUUUGGCUCCUCAAAUCUGCUUUUUUACAAACUUUUAAAAAUAUAUGUGCUUGUGCUAGAUUAGCAAAAGUAAAUAAAGGCUGACACCCUCUAAGUGAGCAGUACUCAGCUGUAUUUCAGAGCAUACAGACUAAACUUCUCUCUGUUGAUGGUUUAAUAUACCAUCAGUGAUUUAACUAGGAAUGGCUUAAUAAUCUUGGAGUUCAUUUUCUUAUUGCCUUUUUAGAUUUGCUCAGCUGAAAUUAUGUUUAUAGAUUUUUUUUUAUUCAAAUUAGCAGCAUAAAUUUACUAACCUGAACAUAUGUCACUUUGGUGUUUUUCAUGCCACAGUUUUGUGCAAGCUUCACAUACUAUUUUUAGAAUUGUAUGUUUGUUUGUUUGUUUGUUUUUUGUUUGUAUGUGCAGGAGUGAGACCUCACUUGCGUAAAAGAACAUUACAUGCUGAGAUUUAUGUUCCACCUAGACUGAAAGACUGCCUUUUUACUGACUACUGUACACAGCUCCACAAACUGUUUGUAUGUUAACUAUUAUUGAAAACAAAUAAAACUCUCUGACUGUGA